AUGGCCGAGUCAACGCGCGAUUCACCUCCGGAAGCCUCAAUUCCCACCAACUUCAUCCCGCCCAGCAUUGAUCUCUCGCAAUUAUUCACUGGACAAUCGCACGCCUACUACUCCGCCUGUCCUCCCCUUCCUACAGAUGUCUCCGCGUCGGAAGCAGACUCGCAGAAUUACUUCGUCCUGGGCGUCGACGAAGCCGGCCGCGGCCCCGUUCUAGGCCCUAUGGUCUACAGCGCGUUCUACCUCCCCCACGACCUCCACCAUUCCCUCCUCGCUCAGAAAUACAGCUUCGACGACAGCAAGGUGCUCACGCCGGCGGUUCGCCUCAACCUCAUGCGCACACUUUGCACGCCGGGAACGCCCCUGUUCGAGUCGUGCGGAUGGGCCACCAAGCUUCUCACCGCGCAGGACAUUUCCUCGGGCAUGAUGCGUCCUGCGGCCGCGGCCUACAACCUGAACGCGCAGGCGAUGGACGCGACGAUAGAAAUUAUCCGUGGGAUUGUCGAAGAGCGCAAGGUCAACGUGAGGGAAGUGUAUAUCGACACGAUCGGAAACCCGGCGUCGUACCAACAGAAACUGGAGAGGAUCUUCCCGACUCUGAAGAUUACGGUGGCCAAGAAGGCUGACUCGUUAUACCCGUGCGUCAGUGCUGCCAGUGUUGCGGCCAAGGUGACGCGAGAUAUCGCGCUUGAGCUCUGCUAUGAGGAAAUCAUGAAAGCCAAGUCGCUCGAUCAGUCGCAGACGACAACCGACACCUGGGGUAGUGGCUAUCCUUCAGACUCCAAAUGUGUUGGAUGGCUUCGAAGGAACAUGGAUCCUGUCUUCGGUUGGGGUAAUGAAUGCCGAUUUAGCUGGGGUACUGCUAAAGAAAUGCUGGAGUUGAAAGGCGGCGCCAGAGUCGAUUGGCCGGAAGAGGAGAAUGAACAGAUUAGAGACUUUCUCCUGAUGUCUACAGGGGGCGCCAAGAAUAGAGAUCAUGAGCUAUGUGAAUGGUUCGGUCAUAGAACGACAGAAAUUCUGUGA